AUGGCUGAUAUGUUAUCUACGGCACUAGGUUGUAAUGGAUUUUCAUGGGUUGCAAGCCCUGCAAUUACAGAAUUGGAAAUCUUGAUGUGUGACUGGAUUGGAAAGCUUUUAAAUCUGCCUGAUACAUUUUUGCAUAGUAGCGGAAUCGGUGGAGGUGUAAUACAAUCGUCGGCAAGUGAUUGUAUAUUUGUAUCGAUGUUAGCUGCUCGUCAUCAAGCAAUUGAGCGUUAUAAACAUCUUUUAAAAAUGAUCAGUGAUUUAGACCCUGAAAUAAUAGUUCUCUCCAAACUUGUGGCAUAUGCAUCCACGUUAGCUCAUUCAGCUGUAGAAAAGGCUAGUGUGCUUGGUUUUGUAAAGUUACGACGUUUACCGGUCGACGAAAACUUUAGUGUUCGGGGUGAAACUUUACAACGUGUUAUUAAAGAAGACAAGUCUAUGGGACUUAUUCCAUUCUAUGUAAGUUAG